AGCUGGAGCUUAAACCCCAAGGAAAACUUUCAGUGACUGUAGUGAAAGCGACUGCUUUGAAGAAUAUGGAAAUGAUUGGAAAGUCAGAUCCGUAUGUAGUUGUGCAUAUUCGACCAUUGUUCAAGUAUAAAACCAAAGUUGUUGAUAACAACUUGAAUCCUACUUGGAAUGAGAGAUUUGAGUUGAUUGCAGAAGACAAGGAGACCCAAUCACUCAUUCUAGAGGUUUUUGAUAAAGACAUUGGGCAAGAUAAGCGAUUGGGAAUAGUUCAGGUACGCCUUAAUGAUCUAGACUCACAAACUGAAAAGGAGAUGGAAUUGAGGCUGCUGUCAUCACUUGAUACACUGAAGGUGAAAGAUAAGAAGGAUCGAGGAACCUUGACAAUAAAGGUCUUAUACUAUCAGUUUAACAAGGAAGAACAACUGGCUGCACUAGAAGAAGAGAAAAAGAUACUAGAAGAAAGGAAGAAAAUGAAAGAAGCAGGAAUGAUAGGAAGCACAAUGGAUGCACUAGGAUCUGGUGUUGGACUGGUUGGUACUGGUGUUGGACUGGUUGGUACUGGUGUUGUGGCCGGUGCCGGUCUUAUGGGAAGUGGCGUUGUGGCCGGUGCCGGGCUAGUUGGCAGUGGCAUCGGUGCUGGAGCAGGGCUAGUUGGCAGUGGUUUUGGAGCCGUUAGCAGUGGAUUGAGCAAGGCAGGGAAGUUCAUGGGAAGGACAAUCACAGGCCAUAGUGGCUCUAAAAAGAGUGGCUCUUCAACUCCAGUCAAUAAUGCACAGGAGAAUGGUGGUGGUGCAAAGCCUCUUUGAUUCUUUUCUUUGUGUAUUGUAAGACUAAUGAAUGAAUCUUUGCAGCUUCAGGCUUUGAUAAUAGAUAGAUUACAUGUGUAUUUGUUGCUUUAUUUUCUUACCAUAAUGUUUUCUCCAUGGCUGUUAUAAUGUUUCCUCCAUGGUUGUAUCAUCUUUGUCUGUGAUUAUGUUUACCUGAAUUUGUAUUUAAACUCAACAAAUUUUAAGCAUUCCUUAUUCAGUUCACCUA